UCCCAAUUCAUUUAUUCAACGCUUCCUUCCUCGACGGAGGGAGAGUGAGAGAUCAGAGAUGGGUGAUUCCGAGAAUUCGAUCCCGGACGAUCCGUACGCCUUCCUCAAGAUCGUUUUAAAUCCUGACGGUUCACUCACCAGGCCCACCUUCAUCCCUCUCACUCCACCACAAGCCGAAUCCCAGCAACCCCACGACGUACUCUCCAAAGACAUACCCCUCAAUCCCUCCAACAAGACGUGGAUUCGGAUAUUUCGCCCCCAUUUUUCAACACCAACGGCCCCUCUCCCAAUCAUAAUCUACUUCCACGGUGGAGGUUUCAUCCUCUUCAGCGCUGCAUCUGCUCCCUUCCACGCGUCAUGCGAGCGCAUGGCCACUCACGUGCCCGCCAUCGUUCUCGCCGUCGAGUACCGACUCGCGCCCGAGUACUCUCUCCCCGCCGCGUACGAAGAUGCGAUCGAUGCCGUCCGUUGGGUCCGAGACCAGGCCAUCUCCGAUCUCCACCGCGACACGUGGAUGGCCCCCGAUCUCGUCGAUUACUCGCGCUGUUUUCUCAUGGGCAGCAGCUCCGGCGGCAACAUCGUCUACCACGCGGCCUUGCUGGCGUUGGAUCUGGACCCUCCGUUCAAAAUCUCUGGGGCGAUCCUGAACCAGCCCUACCUCGGUGGGGAGCAGAGGACGGAAUCGGAGCUGAGGUUGGCCCGAGAUCGGAUCCUGCCUCUCCAUGCCAACGAUCUGAUGUGGAAACUGGCAUUGCCGGGUGGGGCCGACAGGGACCACGAGUUCUGCAUCCCGAUCAGGCCCGGGGCCCACCUCAAUCGGGUCGGGUCGCUGCCGCCAUGCUUGGUGAGGGGGCACGGCGGGGACCCGCUCGUGGAUCGCCAGCGCGCGCUCGUGAAGAUGCUGGAAGGGAGUGGGGUCCACGUGGUGGGCCGGUUCUAUGAAGAAGGGUUCCAUGCCAUUGAGCUCUUUGAUCCGCAGAAGGCCCAGGCCCUCUUGAUGGACGUUCAGGAUUUCAUCUCCUCAGUCAGCACUGAGCCGACAACCGUUCAAAGUGGGACGAGGCUGUGACGAUGAUUAGAGUACGAUUACAACCAUGUGACAUCAAACCAGGAUGAAAGGUAGUAACGGCACGCGCAAUUCCUGAAUUUUAUAUGUUGUAUUUUAUUUAAUAAGUAGCCACGUGUAGUAUUUUGUUUAGUAAGUAGUCACGUGAAGUUUGAAUUUUAUUUCUUUUAUUUACCUGAGUGAAAUCAUUUGUAAUUUGUUUAUCAUUUCUUUAUUAAAGUUAAUUAAAGGUUAGCCCUUGAAAAGCUA